UCCUCCGUGGUCUUGGUCUUGGUUGGUCUCUGUUCGAUUCGACGACGUCGUCGUGUCAGCUUAGCUUCGCGAAAGCCAUUGCCAUAGUCAGCCAACAGGAGGCCAACGAGAAGAAGUAGUUGCGUUAAAAAAAAUCUUUCACGCGAGAAACAGUGGAACUUCCUGGACAUAUUCGGAUAACGAUAGUGGCCUUCCGCGAGGACACCAAGUGCGGGUGACAGAAACGAAACAUUAGUCGGAAUACGGAAGCAAUAUUGGCGAGUGAAUCGUGGCCGUUGUUUUUCGAGAAGGUGGAUUUUUCUGCGAAAUAUGUGAGCCACAUCUUGUGCAGAGGAAGAUUUGGUGGAAUCGAUUCCGAAAGUAUUGUCGUCGUGGACGGUUGUGUACCUCCGUGCGGUGGAAAUCGAGUGCCCAGUGAACCAGCAAACCAAUUUACAUUAAUCCGUGAAGAAAUUCGAGUGGAAUAAACAGGUUGAACCGUGCGAUUUACGUGGGUUACCCAAUGGUGGCAGUAAUGGAACGCAGGCGGCCGUGAUUUUCGCUGUCGACAUUUUGACAUCCAUACAUUCUCGCUUUGUGGAGGCCUGCUGCUGUGUAAAUAUGUCUGGAAAAAAAGUGACACCAGUGAAGAUGGCAGGCAUUUGUCCGUUGCGGCCAGUACAACAGUAAUCGAAGGAAGCACGGUCAGCUUCGGGCAAAGGAAAAAGCAAUCCCGGGGUAUUCCACGAUCGUUGGUCGAGCGCGUAGGCGAGUCUCGGCGUUUAAGUGAGUGUGUUUGUAGGAGUGUGUGCGAGUGUUUGUGCGCGCGCGGGGUGUGUUGUUUUGAGCGAGCAGCAGUUCUGAUACCCGACGUCGACGCGACGACGAUAUCCGUAUCAAGUUUUGUGUGCAGUCUACAGUGAGCUCCGGUAUCCAGUUCCGACGCAACCCCCGGCAACGGAUGGCUUUUUUUUCGGCACUUGGGUGCUAGUGAUGAUGAUGAUUAUGAUGUUGAUGAUGAUGUGAAAGCAGCAUUCACAACAGCACCAGUUAGUGUGUGCAACCGGCUAGUGCUGAUUAUCACUGUUUCUGGGUGAUGUUUUGUAGUUUUUUGUUCUGUUCAUGUUGGAUUUGUGCCAGUGCUGACGAAAAGAAGAAUAUGAUACAACAGAAGCUAGAAUUAACCGAGUAGUUGAUCCGCAGAUAAGAAGUUAUUGUUGGAAUAGAAGUGUGCUGAAGUGUGUCCGGGUAGAAAAUAUAAAUACAUGCACGGUUUGGUUGGGAAGAACAUAGCGUGAAAAAAAAAUUUAUUGUAAUCGAAAUCAAAAUCAACAACACAAUCGUAUAACAAGAGAAAGCGCAACCCAGCAGGUAUGUAAUGUAAGGGUUAGUGUAUGUAUGUGUAGAGGCUGAAAAGUGGAAAGAGAGCAAUAACAGAAGCCGAAAGGAUCUGAGCCCCGUGGUGUCGAGUGAUCCGUCGCGUCAGGGGGGAAACGGAACGGGGAACCCCACAUUAAUCUCGGCUCGAUCGCGGGAAAUAUGUGAAAAAUGCCAAUUUAACCCAAAUAGUUAAUGGUUGUUGUCGUCGUGUAGCAGCAAACGUGAAUGCACAAAUAAUAAAUCUGCUGCAAAAGUUGACCGAGUGCAAGAAAAGAAAAAAAAGACAUUCCGAAUGCUAAAUCGCUUCGAAGCGGGAUGCCGACGUGGUUGGGACCGUCGUAACCCGAAGGAGAUCUGAUGCUGCACGUGGCCGUCGAAGGUCGAAUCAGUGCCCAGAAUGAUUGGAACCGUUUCGGUCAAUCGGCUUGUAACAACUGAAACUGACACAUCACUGACAACCGUGUCUGGUCCACCAGAAGUUAGCGAUAACAUAUUGGAGCAACCGCCGCUGUCCGGCUGCCGGCAACAGAAACGAAAACAACAACAACGACCACAGCAACAACAACAACAGCAACAGCAACAAUGCAGUCCCAGGACGCGAUAGGCGAUUGCUCUCGUUACAUCUUGCAGGUGUACGUAGGAGCACUUUCUCUCCACUAUGAAGCGCUUAGCGUGGAGGCCUCGAAGCAAACCACGGCAGAGGAAAUCGUUUCCUGCAUUGUCGAGCGGUUAGGAUUGACGGGCAACAACUAUGAACUGGCCGAGGUGGCCGGUGAGUGUAAGGAACGACGACUCUCGUCCCACGAGAAACCCGUCUCCGUGAUGCUGCUGUGGCCGAUGCAUUCGGAGAAAGAUUUUCAUAGGUUUUAUUUGCGCGAAAGACAAAGCGAUGUUCCUUGGCUAGAUAAUUACGGACUGGAUCCACAGAUACUAAGAGACUUUAUACCAUUUUUAUGUCAGAAAGACAAUAGAGAAUAUCCUGAUUUGUGCCAAUUGCCAGACCUCAAUGAAUCGACACUACUGGAGAACCUGCGCCAGCGCUUCGAUGCCGGUCAUAUCUACACAUACGUCGGGAGUAUCCUGAUAGCUGUCAACCCGUUCAAGUUCCAUCCGAUCUACAAUCCCAAGUAUGUGCGGUUGUACCAGAAUCAGCGAAUCGGCCCGAUUCUACCGCCGCAUAUCUUUGCGAUUGCCGAUAAUGCGUACUACAAUAUGCUGAAGGAGAAACGGAAUCAGUGCAUCGUAAUCAGCGGCGAGAGCGGUUCCGGUAAAACCGAAAGCACCAACUUUCUGCUGCACCAUCUGACGGCACUGUCCCAGAAGGGAGCCCACGGUUCGGGUGUGGAACAAACGAUCCUGAGUGCCGGUCCCGUGCUGGAAGCAUUCGGCAAUGCCAAAACGGCACACAACAACAACAGCAGUCGCUUCGGAAAGUUUAUUCAGGUGAACUACCGGGAGAAUGGGAUGGUUCAGGGUGCGGUAGUGCAAAAAUAUUUACUGGAAAAGAGCCGAAUAGUGUCCCAGGGUUACUACGAAAGAAACUACCAUGUGUUUUACUAUCUGCUAUCGGGGGCGACGGAACAGGAACGGAUCGCUUUGCAUCUGCUUCCGGCGGAUAAGUAUCACUACCUGAACGCAAAAAAUCUUACGCUGGAGAACUGCGAUGAAAAGUAUGAAUUUUCUCGCUUAAAGCAAAGCAUGGAAAUGGUGGGCUUUUCGGCAGAAAAACAGAGACGUUUGUUUGCUGUUCUGUCGGCUGUUCUGUUACUGGGAAACGUGGAAUUCUUCCCGAAGAAAUCCACUUACCACCACGAUGAAAGUGUUCAGGUUCGAAACCCGGAGGUCGUCGGACUGAUAUCGGAAUUGUUGCGGGUGAAGCAGGAAACGCUACUGUCGGCACUGACCUCGAAACGGGUGAAGGCCAGCGGGGAAACGUUGAUCAUGCAGUACAAGCUCCCGGAGGCGAUCGCCGCCCGGGAUGCCCUGGCGAAGUGUCUGUACGGGGCACUGUUCGAUUGGAUUGUUCUGCAGGUGAACCACGCACUGCUAAACAAGGACCAGACGAUGCACACCGGCCAUUCAAUCGGGGUGCUCGACAUUUUUGGAUUCGAAGAUUUUGGACUGCAGAAUAGCUUCGAGCAGUUGUGCAUCAACUACGCCAAUGAGCAUUUACAGUAUUAUUUCAAUUUGCACGUGUUCAAAUAUGAGCAAAAGGAGUAUAAGCGGGAAGGUAUCAAGUGGACUGAUAUUGAAUUUUUGGAUAACUCAGGAUGUCUUCAACUGUUCGAGUCAAAACCGUCGGGUUUGCUUUGCAUUUUGGAUGAUUUAUGCAACUUUCCCGGAGCUACCAACGAAACGUUACUGCAAAAAUUCAACAGUGUCCAUAAAGAUAAUCAGUUCUACGAGAAACCCCAACGAAAGGAAAAUGCAUUUAUCAUCAAACAUUACGCGGGAAAAGUCAAAUAUCAGGUGGCCGAAAUGCGCGAGAAGAAUCUCGACUUGAUGCGGCAGGAUAUUGUCAGUGUGCUGAAAAACUCGAGCAUGGCGUUCGUACGGGAGCUGGUCGGUGCCGAUCCGGUUGCCGUGUUCCGGUGGGCCAUUCUGCGUGCAUUUUUUCGUGGCUACUUUGCAUUUAGGUCGGCCGGCAUCAAACACCGCAAGGAACGGGCCGAUCAGUCCUACAACAAGCUCUCCACCAAGAGUCGCUACCGUGCUCCGAACGAGAGCAUCGUAAGCCAUCUAGUGACGGUUUCAUCGGUGAACUUAACUAUUAACCGAAUCGCUAAGCGAAUCAGUAAUGCCAUGCACGAUAUUACCUCAAAUGUAACGAACAACAGCCAUAGUGGAAGUGCCAGUGGGGUCAGCUACCGACAGUCGCUGGGCUCCGGGAUGACCUCAACCUCAACGCUCAACAACAAUUUCGGUGUGACCGGUGGUGGCAAUAAUGGCGGUGCACCCCGGCGAUCCUGGUCCAGUUACGCCUUUAGUAAUAAAAAUUUCCCGGACGGUAAGCUCAGCUACGAGUGCCAACAGCAGCAACAGCACCAGCACCACCAACAUCAAGGUUCCGGUUCCCUGUCCUCUGUACAUAGUAAUAGUGGUAAGCAACAGACGGGGAACGUGACCGGGGGCGGCAAGAUGGGCUACAACUCAUCGCUGGCCGCGCGGAAUCGAUUCGAACGCUCGACGCAAGACGUGAUGGCACGCGCUUCGCAAAUUGUGAUGAAGAACAAAUCUUUUCGACCUCGUGAGCGUCCGAAGAAGGGCCUGAAAAACCUCCAAUCGGUGAAGACCCUUUCCGCCGGACAGAAUCUCAGCAACAACCAGACCGCAGUGAAAACUCGCAAACAACCACUAACGGUGACAGCCCAGUUUCAGAUCUCGUUGAUAGCGCUGAUGGAAACGCUGAACCAGGCGAAUCCAUUCUUCAUUCGGUGCAUCAAGUCAAACCCGAAUAAAGUACCGAACCAAUUCGAUGAUGCCACCAUCACUAGGCAGCUCCGUUAUACGGGAAUGUUGGAAACGGUACGAAUUCGCCGGGCGGGAUACAAUGUGCGGCUCACGUACGAAGAAUUUAUCCAGCUGUACCGGAUCCUGCUGCCGAAGGGGUUGGUCAGUUCGCAGAAGGACGUACGCGACUUCAUGAACACGAUGGACCUGAACAAGCAGCACUACCAGCUCGGGCUGACCAAGAUCUACAUGCGGGAGUCGCAGAAGAUGCGGCUCGACAUCUGUUUGCACACGCGUAUCAUCGACAGUAUCAUCACGAUUCAGCGCUGGUUUCGGUCGAUCCUGCAGCGCAAAAAGUACUGCCAGUAUCGUUCGGCGGCCUGCACGAUCCAGUCGUACUGGCGGUUGUACCUGAAGGCCAAAUUUCUGAAAAAACUUCGAACGGAGGCGGCCACCAUCAUACAGAGCGCCUGGCGGGGCUACACGGUGCGCAGCUGGUACAACAAGCUGAAGAGUGGCGUUCUGGUGAUACAGGCCCGAAUUCGGGGCAAUCAGGCCCGGGAGCGAUACAAUUUGAGUAAGAAACUACAACGUGCCAAAUUGCGCUCUACCCAAAGCCUUCCCGCAUCUGAACGGCCCCUCGAGAGCUCCUUCGAUACACCGGAGAUUCUCCAACUGAGGGUUGUCGGUGUCAGUAAAAAGCAACCAACCUCUACGGCUGGCAUCAGUUUCGAGUCAGCCAUCGAUAUAGUCAACAAAAAUCAAGCCCUGUUCAGCGAUAACAGUCUGAGCAGUGCGGAUUUCAUUGACGAUGACGAUGAUGACGACGACGAAGACGAUGAUGACUGUUACGAGGAUAUGGGUCUGGUAGAUGAACCAAGUUAUGGGGCGUCAUCGGCGUUAAGACGCGAACUGCUGCUCGAGAAGAACACCAGCAGCGGUAGUGCGGAUAGUGGUCUGCUGGAUGGAUACAGUGGCACUCAGCAGCAUGUGAAAAUGCCACUCAAUCGGCAGGACGACGUGUUGGAUCGACCAAUACGGAAAUACGAAAUCGAAAGAGCGAGCAAGAGCACAUUUGACGAUGCCGAAUUGGCUAAAUACCGAUUAAGUUCGCGGAGCGCCAGUGGGAAAUUGCCGGUGCGACGCGUCGAUUCCGGUCCGUCGCCGGGCAAUCGCUUGCGGUAUGAAGGAUACAACAGUGGCAACGCCGGCCUCAGUAGUGGAAUGAUUCGAAAUCAAAACCACAGCAAUAAUAGUUUUAGUUCCAGUAACGUUGAAAUCGUUCUUGUACAUACCGGUUUAGAUAGUCUCUCUUCUUCAGUGGCCAAUUCCGGAAUUGCCAAUAGCGGUCUCGGUAGCAGUAGCGCUAGCAGCUCACUCAACCCUGCUAUCGCAUCUGACCAACCGCAGAAACAUCCUCUUCAGCGGAAUCUCAACCGUAACUCGAUAAGCCAAACGCAAACGCAACAACAAUCCAGUACCACCACUCUCAGUCGCCGGGAGCUGCUAUGUCGCAGUCAAGGGGACGAAAUCAACUCCAACUAUCACCUGCAACAUCUUCAGUCAUCGCCACUGACGUCGUCAAUGUCGUCCGCUAACUACCAGAACGUCCAGUACACUUCGACCCCAACGACUGCCUACCAUCAGCAGCAGCAGCAACAUCAGCAACAGCAACAACAUCAGCAACAGCAACAACCGCAUAGCUAUAACAAUAACAACAAUAACACAUUAAAACACACCAGCACUUCCAGUUCCAACAGCAUGAGUGGCAGUUCCAAUAGUCUGUACAACUACGUUACUCAGCAGCAACCACAACAACAGCAAUAUAUCCCACCUAGUAGCGUUGCCGGUUCGCAGAGUAACCAGUCUCUGUUACAGCGAGGAUUGAGCAACUAUCCGGACGAUUUCGUCCAAAACUACUACAACACUACGACACCGAAGGGCAAAGCGGCAGCCCUGCUCGGUACCAAGUCGGAAGACUCCAAAUACCCCAGUAAGGAUAUCGAUUUGACGCUAUCGAGUGCGACGGUGACCCCCUCCGGACCGGUCGCUCCCAGUAAAUCGCGUCGCAUUAAAACGAAUCUCAGUGAUGACUUUUCCGGAGCAAUAACCAGUGGAAACGGGAAUUCGGGUCAGACGGCACUGAGCCGGCGGGGUGCCAUCAGUGGUGCGGACACACUGAAACGACGGAACUCCGAUCCGACCAACAAGAUUCCGUUGCUGGAAGUGAACCGGGGAAAUGACAUGUACCAGUCCAGUACGCGGAUAAACAUUGCCGGGCAUCAGUUCCGGAAGGUGCAGCGAAUCAACAAGGCGGAGAAGUGUGCCAGCUGUCAGGAAAGCGAUUCGUUCGUGAACGAGGGCUAUCGAUGUCUCGACUGUAAGGUGCUGGUGCACACCAAAUGUAUUCAGAAUGGUGGGAUCAAAUCGUUGCAGUGUGCGGCCAAGCGGUCCAAACGGAUACGAACGGGUAAGCACGACAAGCAUGCUCCGAUCGGUAUGGGAAGUACCAGCACUCCCAAUUCGAAAUUUUCCGCCACGAGAGAAUACACCGAUUCGACGGAUAAGAUUAUAAGUGAUGCCAAAGAGCUGCAGUUGAUGCAGGACUUCAUCACGCAGAAGAUCUGCAAGAUGGAAAGCGUUUGCGGAAAACCGUCCGAGGUGGAUCGGGUUUUCAAGCAAGCCCUGAGGGAAUUCAAGGACAAUCUGGUGGCCCAGUACAGUGUAGCGCACAAGCAAAACUCCGAUCUGCUGAACAUCAAAUAUCGGGAUCUGAUCGCCAACUUCGAGCAGGUCAUUGAAACAACGUCGGGCAAGAAAAACGAUUUCCCGCUGACGAUGGGAGUGAAUGCGUUCCGUGGUUUCAUGAACGAGUUUAUGAAUUCCCGUGAAACCGAAAAACCGAAGACAAAGCGGAAAAAAGACAAGAAACGGAAACACGACGAGCACACCACGUACAACGGUCACACAUUCCAACUGACAAUCAUCAACAUCGCGACGGCUUGCGAAAUCUGCCAACAGUUUCUCCUUUGGCCAAUCGAACGUGGAUUGGUCUGCCAAAACUGUCGACUGACGUGCCACAAGCGAUGCUACCUGAAGUCGGCCGGGUGCAGCAAGAUUGCGAACUCCGGUCCGCUGGUUCAGGGUAUGACCGGCGUCGGUGGUGCCGGAGUGGUCGGUAGUGGAGCCAUGUGUGAUGCCAGCGGACAACCGACGAAGCUGUUCGGUGUGCCACUGACUGCACUGUGUGCCGGCAGUGAUGGUAUUAAGAUUCCGGCCCAGAUUUACAGUCUGAUCAUGAUGAUUGAAAUGCACGGACUGUACUCGGAGGGUAUCUACCGGAAGAGUGGUGUGAGUUCCAAGAUUAAGGAAUUGAAGGUCAAGAUGGACCGAGGGAUGGGCAGUUCCGACGAAAUGGACUACGAAAGCUAUAAUGUGCAUGUGUUGACGAAUGUUUUGAAAUCGUUCCUGAGGGAGAUGCCGGAACCGCUGCUGACGUUCGAUAGGUACGAUGAUUUCCUAAGGGCAGCCGAUCUAUCCGAUGGGAAUGAUCGUGUACAGACGCUGAUGUCUCUGAUAAAGAAGAUUCCACCGGCGCAUCAUUGUCUGCUCGAGAGAUUGAUUUUCCACCUGGCACUGGUGGCCAAGCUGGAACAGUACAACCGAAUGUCGGCCAGUUCGUUGGCAAUCGUUUUUGCACCCUGUGUGCUACGAACGAAUCGAUACGUUCCCGCGCAGGACAGUUUGAACGAUAUCGGUCGACAGACCAAGUGCAUGGAGACUCUAAUAACGCAGAAGAUGCUGAACGUGAAAAGUACUUUAGCGGACAUUGAUACACUGGACACGGCGGCACACACGGCUACAACGAGAUUAAGCACACUGCGAAGCAGUAAGGUGUUCACCCAGGAAGAAAUGGCUGCUAAUUCCAGAAGCGGUGUAGCGAGUUUAGAAACGGAGACCGAAGAAAUGCUGCUAGAGGGUCACAUUCAGGAGAUCAAGAAGGAGAAAGCUCUUCUUACCUCUACUUUACCGAGUCUUGCUCGAGCAAGCUCGGACGAUGAUCUGCUAUCGACGGAUCUUGAUGGCGAGGGUGGCAGUUUGGACGAUUUGAGUAGCAGUAAAGACCGAGAUAUGGAGAGUAGCUACAACAACGUGAUAAGUGAUAGCGGUAUUUCGAUUCGCUACCAGCCACCGUCAGAUCACGGUAGCAGUAAUGUUAGUCUUAACAAUGACGUACCAAUGGCUGUGAGCUAUAAUCUACGAGAUCAAAGCAUCGACUAUUUCCAUAAGGUAGGCAAAACGAAAUCUCAGUCCCACCAGACGCUGCUGGAUCGGGAAGCAUUCCUGAAAAGCGGCUCGCUGAGUGGCUCCGCAACGACUCCUCAGUCACCUACGGCUACCAUCACCGCUUCAUCUUCGUCCCCAUCGUCCUCCUCGGCACCGUCGAUGAUCAAAUCUCAGAACGGCAGCACCAGCAGUGUUAGCAACAACAGCACUUCGAGCAAACGUUCCGACAGUCAACAGUUGAAUCUCAGCCAUUCGAUGGUCACCCUUUCGACCGGUGUUAGUGGUGGUGCAAUCGGAAACACCUCCUCGUCAUCUACGUCGGAUCUUCAGCGGCAGAAGCCCAUCAUUAUGCGUAGCAUAUCCGGCGGUUACGAAUCUGCGUCCGCCAUUAGUAGUGGCGCCGGAGGAAACAAUCCUCAGAAAAUUCUGAUUCAACAGUCUGCCUCGAUUCCAAUUUCUUCGUCGUCCUGUUCGUCAUCGUUGGGUAACGUCAACAGCACUGGUGGUAGUGCGACGAAAGACAGCAAGGAUCCGAAAAUGAGUCGACGAAUAUCCGGCAGUCGACGGCAGAACAGCAGCGGCGGACCUCCUCCACCGCCUUCAUCAGGAGCAGGUGCGGGCGGAGCCGCGCCUGGCAGUGGCGGCGAUGAUGAACCAAUAAUGGUUUAAAUCUCGCGUGAGACUAGUUCAGUUAUAUUGUUUAUUUUCUUUUGUUUUUUUUUCGUUCGAAUUAAAUUGUGUUUUCUUCAAACAGAAAGAAAGCGAUUCUGUUGAUAGUUAGGAAAAAUGUUAAACGAACAAAAUACCCCUCUUUUUUCUCAAUGCAAAACAAAAAAAAACAACCUAAUUGUUGAAGGCAAACCAGACGAGAGAGAAAUAAGUCGCAUUCAGUUUUUAUGUGUAAUAGAAUUAUAAUGAUUUACUACUAAUAAUAAUCUUAUUUAUAACGCAAAUCGCAGAAAAAAAGAACUUGUAACAUUUAAAAAGUGAUCAUAUAUAGAGCAAAAACAAAGCUAAGCGUGAGUGGAGGUGGUGUAACUGCGGCGGUGUUCAAACGUUAACUUGCGUGCGCGCUUGGUUUGUUGUGUAUGUGUGCGUAUGUAUGUAUACGAACGGAUGUGACAAUGUAAAAUGUAGGUCAAAUAUAUAUAUAUGUUAAAAAAAACUCAUUACUCUUAUAAAAUGAAACAACAAGAAUGAUAACAUACAAGCGCAUAUAAAUUCACAUAUUUAGAUAGUGCAGAAGGAAUCAUUAUAACAAAAAUUCAAGGAAAACUAUAUAUAUAUAUAUAUGAUAAUCACGCUACUCGAACGAAUGAUUAAGCAAGAAAAAUAUUUGAAAACGAAUUUAAAGUUUAGAUAAA